CUCAUUGACUUUGAGCUAAUUUGUAUGCAGCAAUUUAUGACUCGUGGCGCACCUUAAUUUGCCCUUGCUUCUUAAGUAUCUUCUAGACUUUUACUAGAGAUUUAGUUCUUUAUCAUGACGCAUAUCAUUUGAUUUAAGGUUGUCCUACCAUAAAAUGAUGAACAGUGCACAUCUUUGUGAUAUCAUAAAUUAGCUUUUCUCUUUCUUUUUUUUAUCUUAAAUAUCAUGUUGAAUCAUAUCAAACACUACUUGUACAAGAACCAUAAAGAACAGGAUGAACCCAAUUGGCAACAACAAAGGAACCAUCAUGUAAGGAAUUGGCUUUCGGGUCUUUCAAAAUCCAAUUCAGAGAAUCCAUCUUUUUGGAACAAAAGUCAGCAACAAAGACAAUACAUGCAAGAUCAAGCCAAACUAUUUCAUCAUGAUUUACAUCGGCAAAGAAGUCUAUCCUCUUUAAUCCAUCAAGGAAACUAUAGAAGACAACGAUCUUUAUCAUUGCCUGGUAGAUAUCCGCAACAAGAACAGUAUCAUUUCUUACGCGAUAAUGUGAGAAAUCAGUUUGUCUAUCCUCUUGUUAAUGCUGCUACUGAUGCUAUGAUGCAUUAUGGGCACCCUUAUUAUUAUCAACAGAACAUGUAUGAUGGCUAUUAUCAGUAUCCUCCAUACUAUUAUCAGCCAGAUGCCUAUUAUCAUCGCCAUCAUGCUAGUUAUCCACAAACAAGUUUGUAUAGAUCAUAAUAAAUGCUGAGUUAUUUCACAGGAACAGCAGAAAAAUAAGAUUGAAAAAAAAAUGAAUGGGUAAACAGUUGUUCUGAUGUAAAGGUAUCUUCAGGAUUUCUACAAGAAGUUAGUGCAUAUUACACGAUUGUGCAACCUUUUGCAAAAGGGAGUUUUUUUUUAACUUGUACUUCUAAAUUUGAAUAGCAUCAGAACCCUUGAAGGCCCUUUAAAUGGACAUUAAUGAUUUUUUUAACUAUAUGUGUAGCAGCAACAAACUGACUGUUUUUUC